GGCCAGAAACAGGAUUGAGGUGAUGCAGAGGGGGCUGCUCCACUUGAGGGGCACCUGAGGCCUGGGCAGGAGCAGGAUGAGCAGAGGGUGGGGACCAGCCCACCGCCAGGUAUGGGAAUAAGUGAAGGUGAGGAAGGCAGGCUGAGGGUGGAGAAUAUGCUUUCGAGAGUUUUAAUGGGAAAGACGGGAGUUUGGAUGGGGGAGGCCUGGGAGGAGUUGGGGAUGGGGGAGGGGAGAAUGAUGGGAGGAGACAAGAGGGGCAGUCUCAAGAGUGGGGUCCUCACCACCUCAGGAGGGGAGCAUAAGGUGGGCGAGGCAGGACUGGGGGUCAGCGGUGCCCUCACCCAAUCUGUCUCCCCAGCCACCUCCAGGCUAUGGGCACCAAGACAGCGUUGCCGGCGGCGGAGCUGGGCCUGUACUCCCUGGUGCUGAGUGGGGCCCUGGCCUACGCUGGCCGGGGCCUCCUCGAGGCUUCACAAGAUGGGGCCCAGAGGAAGGCCUUCCGGGAGUCUGUGCGACCCGGCUGGGAGUACAUUGGUCGGAAGAUGGACGUGGCUGACUUCGAGUGGGUGAUGUGGUUCGGCUCCUUCCGCAACGUCAUCCUCUUCACCCUCUCCGGACACGUGCUGUUUGCGAAACUCUGCACCAUGGUGGCCCCGCAGCUCCGCGCCUGGAUGUACGCUGUGUACGGGGCCCUGGCCGUGGUGGGCACGAUGGGCCCCUGGUACCUGCUGCUGCUGCUGGGCCACUGUGUCGGCCACUAUGUGGCCUCACUCCUGGGUCAGCCCUGGCUCUGUCUUGGCCUCGGCAUGGCCAGCCUGGCCUCCUUCAAGCUGGACCCCCUCAUCUCCUGGCAGAACGGGUUUGUAACAGGCACUUUUGAUCUUCAAGAGGUGCUGUUCCAGGGGGGCAGCGGCUUCACGGCGCUGCGCUGCACCAGCUUUGCCCUAGAGAGCUGUGCCCACCCUGAUCGCCGCUACUCCCUGGCUGACCUGCUCAAGUACAACUUCUACCUGCCGUUCUUCUUCUUCGGGCCCAUCAUGACCUUUGAUCGCUUCCAUGCCCAGGUGAGCCAGGUGGAGCCGGUGAGGCGCGAGGGUGAGCUGUGGCACAUCCGGGCCCAGGCGGGCCUCAGCGUGGCGGCCAUCAUAGCCGUGGACAUCUUCUUUCACUUCUUCUACAUCCUCACCAUCCCCAGUGACCUCAAGUUCGCCAGCCGCCUGCCGGACAGCGCCCUCGCUGCCCUCGCCUACUCAAACCUGGUGUAUGACUGGGUGAAGGCUGCUGUCCUGUUCGGCGUAGUCAACACGGUGGCGCGUCUCGACCACUUGGACCCGCCCCAGCCUCCCAAGUGCAUCACAGCGCUCUACAUCUUUGCGGAAACGCACUUUGACCGUGGCAUCAAUGACUGGCUUUGCAAGUGA